CACAUUGGCGCUUGGCGGUUAGCAUUUCGCGGUGUGGUGUGGCACGUGUGUCGCCGUUGGAGGGGAACAACAUCUACAGAAACGGUGUGUACAGGUUUGGUACAGUUGAAGUCCUCAAGCACAGUUAUAUCCCGCUGUGAAAUGGACGUCAAGAACAAUACGUUUUGGGGUCUGAUUCUCCAACCAGGAAAACGGUAUGAGCAGAUCGUGGAGAAGUCGUUCCACGUGUCGAUGGCUGCAUUGGACGUAGCCAGCGUCAGCGCAAAUGCCAAUCCGAAUACCCAAGUCAUGAUCAACGUCGAUGGUCAGGAGUUUAUUCUCUGCCACCUAAACAAAAAUCGCAACCCGCAGCAAACGCUGGAUCUCAAUUUCCAGGGCGGAGAUUCCUUGGCCCUGUAUGUUGAUGGGCAGACACCGGUGCCAGUACACCUCACUGGCUUCUACAAUGAGAUUGAUGAUGAUGAUAUGGAAGAUAUGACAAUGAGUGACAUGUCUGAUGAAGAAGAAGCUCCAGACCUGGUUCCGGUCACGAAAGCAGCGUCUUUAAAGAAGAGCAAAGGUAAAAGCAUAGGGGCAAUGGGAGAUGUCGCUGAGAAUGGUUCCAAGAGAAAGGGAUCGCCAGUGAAAGAAAUUGUUCCUAAGAAGGCAAAGUUGCAAGAUGCUGUAGACGAUGAUAGUGACGAUGACGACGAUGAGGAUGCAGACGAAGAUGACGGAGACGAAGACGAAGACGACGAUGAGGACGAUGAUGAAGUGGAGGCUGAAGAGGAAGAGGAGGGUUUUAGCGAUGAAGAAGAUGAUGACGAGGAGGACGACGAGGACGAGGACGAUGAAGAUGACGAUGACGAUGAUGAAUCCGAUGGCGAACCCGAAAUUCCCCUGAAGAGGACUCAACCAGUAGCACUUAAGAAGGAUAAACUGUCAGCAUCCGUGGAGAAGAGCCGAAAGGAAAAUGGGUCUGUGAGUGUAUCUGAAAGCCCAAAGAAGAAAAAGAAUACGGACCAGAAUUCGGCCGAGGCACAAAAAACGCCUGUUCAGCAGAAAAAGAAGGAGCCAGUGACCCCCAAUCAGCAGAUGAAGAAGGAGCCAGUGACCCCCAAGUCCGCAAAGAAGACGAUCGGGGGUGGUGUAAUGAUUGAGGAUCUCAUCGUUGGAAGUGGCGCUGUCGCCAAAAGGGGCCGGCCUGUUUCGGUGUACUACGUGGGCCGACUCAAGCAGAAUAACAAGCAAUUUGAUCAGACCGUUGGCGGUCCCGGAUUCAAGUUCCGACUGGGUGCGAAGGAGGUGAUCAAGGGCUGGGAUGUGGGAGUGGAGGGCAUGAAGGUGGGCGGAAAGCGGAGGAUCACGUGCCCUCCGCACAUGGCCUACGGCUCCAGAGGCAGCCCCCCAGUCAUCCCACCUAACAGUGCCCUCGUGUUUGAAGUCACGCUGAAGAAUGUCCACUGAACUUUUUGAGCACUCAUUCUUGAAGCUGUGCAAAGCUAUUCCACGUGAUGAGGCGCGAGAGUGGGGAGUGAGCCACGAACGUUUCAUGAUCAUGCGAUGCGAGUGCGUCUCAUCUGAUGUCACGUUUUUCACUGGGAGGGCGCCUUGUGCGGUGUUGGCAAAGGUUGGGUCGCGAGUGGCAAUGUCAAGUGCUGUAUGAUGUUGGGUGCAAGUGUACCAUUGGGCGUUGUCGCUGAAGUGACCCGACGGCGUUGGCCGCGCAGUUGUGUCGAGUACCUAUUGCGUUUUGGGUUUUAAGUUUCAAACAAUACAAUGAGUGAUCAA